AUGCGUGGAUCACGUACUUCGGUGCAUAUUGGUCAAUUCUCAAACGAUCAUGCAAUGGGAUCACUUCGACUAAAACCAGAACAUCGAGCACGUUUUCACGCUCCACACAUACUGCUUUACAAUGCAUCAGCUCGUUUGUCCUACCAUUUUGAUCUACAUGGAUCUAAUCUAUCUCUGGAUAGUGCUUGUUCAACAGGGCUUCAAGCCAUUCAUCUAGGCGUACAAGGAUUGCGUACAGGCGAAGCUGACAUGGCUGUUUGUGGCAGUGUUAAUACUGUUAUGACACCUGAGCAAAUAUACCAUUAUUCCAUGAUUGGUGCCUCUUCUACUGAUGGACGAAGUCGAGCGUUUAGUAUUGAUGCCAAUGGUUAUGCGAAAGGUGAAGGCUUAGGUCUCGUUCUUCUCAAACGAUUAAGCGAUGCUGAACGGGAUGGUGAUAAAAUUUACUGUAUACUGCACGAUGUCUUGAGCAAUCAUGAUGGUUCUGAAGGUAAAAACGGUUAUGUAGUACCAGCGGCCGCCGGACAAGCACGUCUCCUAGGCGAAAUUUAUGCUAGAACACAGUACGAUCGAAAUCGUAUCUUCUACGUUGAAGCGCAUGGAACAGGAACACAAGUAGGUGAUCCAACAGAAGCUAACACUAUUGGUGAAUUCUAUGAACGGUCACCUUUCGAUCCUCCAUUAUUAAUUGGAUCUAUUAAGAGCAAUAUCGGGCAUACAGAAGGAGCGGCUGGUAUUGCAUCUCUUAUUAAAACAAUAAUGUGUAUGAAACAUAGAGCAAUUCCACCAAACAUGCAUUUCAAAGCUUAUAAUCCAAAAAUUGAAGCAGGCCGAUUUAACAUGCAUGUAGUCCAGACAAUGACUGCAUUUCCUCCACUUAAUAUUGACGGUGAAAAUGAACAUCCAGUAGCUAUCGGCAUUAGUUCGUUUGGUAUUGGUGGCAAUAAUGCUCAUGCUAUUAUCGAAGAGUAUCAUCCAAAAGAGAUAUCGAUCAAUGGAAAUGGUCAUGCUGAAGAAGAACUGCUACAACAACAUGAUCUUUUUAUCUUUUCGACAAAGAGUAGUGAUUCACUUUACAAACAAGUAGUAUCUUUUAACGAAUGGUUAAAACAAAUAGUACCUCAAGAUGAUGAACAUUCUUUUCUUGCACGCGUCUCUCAACAAUUACUACUCAAACGCACUAUUAGUCAUGAGCACUUGGCCAUUUUUGUUUCAGCCAAUCGUGCUCAAUUGCAACAACAACUUGAUCUUUUUCUGCAAAAACAAUCAACACCAGGACUAUUAGUCACCAAACGUGUUUCAUCAAAUUGCCCUCGCAUAUGUUUUGUUUUUAGUGGUCAGGGUCCUCAAUGGUGGGCCAUGGGUCGAGAACUCUAUUCAUCUGAACCGAUUUUUCGCCAAUGGAUUCAACGAAUCAAUGAAGGAUUUAUAAAAAUCAAUGGUGGCGAAUUCAAUUUACUGAACGAAAUGAUUGAAAAGACGGAGAAAGAAUCACGUAUUAAUGACACUAAUAUCGCACAACCGGCUCUAUUUGCUGUUCAAGUAGGGCUUGCAGCACUUCUCGUCUCGUGGCACAUCUUUCCCAGUGCAAUUGUAUCUCAUAGUGCAGGAGAACAAGCAGCCGUUUUUAUCUCUGGACGAGUUUCAUUGCAUGAAGCAGUUCGUAUUGUUUAUAAUCGAUCGCGUCUUCAACAUCGAAAUACUCGUCAAGGUGGUCGAAUGUUGGCUGUUGCUAUGAAUGAACAAGAAGUGCGAGAUUCAUUGCUCAAAGGAAUUGAACAUCUGAUAUCUGUUGCCGGUGUCAAUAGUCCACGCUCAGUAACACUUAGCGGUGAUGAAAAAAUUAUCGAUGAACUCGAGGGCAUUCUUACAGCAUUACAUCCGACAGUGUUCAAAGCUCGACUACGGAUCGAGAACGCAUUUCAUUCGCAUCAGAUGGAUCGCUUUGGUGUCAGAGAAGAGAUGCUUUCAACACUUGGCGAUAUUCGAGGUCUUCCUCUUGAAGAUACAGAAGAAAUGUUUGAUAUUCGUUGUGCACAAGCUUCACUUUAUUCACCUGUUACUGGAGGUCGAAUAGACGAUAAAACGCCUCUUGAUGCUCAUCAUUGGUGGUCAAAUAUUCGCCAAUGUGUUCGAUUUGGUGAUGCUAUUCAGACAAUUAUUCAAGAUGGAGUCGUCAAUACUUUUCUUGAAUUAUCACCUCAUCCGGUUUUGGCCACAUCAAUACAUGAAUGCUGCGAGAAGACGUCCACCUUUCAACCACUCAUUUUGUCUACUCUCAAACGAAAGGAAGACGAGCAGAAAACACUGUUGACAAGCAUUGCACAACUCUCAUAUUCAUCCGAUAUCUGGAAAUACUUUCUUGCAUCUCGAUGUGUUCAACCAAGUAAAGAUGUGGAACAUUUAUUUGACAACUUUCCCUUAUAUGCAUUCAACUUAACUCCUUGUUGGUAUGAAUCAAAAGAAUCUGCAAUAGAGCGUCUCGCUUAUCGUCUACCUUUACAUCCAUUACUGGGUGUUCGUCAGUGGACUCAACACACAUCGGCAAUAUGGAAAAGUUUGAUCAAUCUCAAUCUACCUGAACAUGCCUAUUUAUCUCAACACAAAAUACAGGAUGCCAUCCUUCUUCCAGCUAGUGGAUAUCUUGAGAUGGCACUAGCCGCCUGUCGUCAACUAUUGCCAGUAGCUAAUAAUGACGAGGCGCCACCACCGAUCGCUUUUGAGCAGAUUGAAUUUAUCAAAGCUCUUGUUCUUAACGAACAUGAAUUGACUGAAGUUAUCAUACAAAUUGUGAUGCCAAUGCGGGAAUGGUUGAUUUACAGUCGACCAUGGUCAGCAGCUGGACCAGAUUGUCAACGAUCUUCUGGCAUGGCUUGUAAUGAUUUUAUUGAUUCUUUCGUUGAUCUUCAAACAUUGAAUGCAUAUUCUCUGCGUCAGUUUACUCUGCAUGCACGAGGUCGUAUUGAUAUUGGUCCUCAUUUGAACAUUUAUGCCUCGUCAGCCUAUCGAUUCAAUAAAGAAGAAACAGCAAACUGGUAUGAUCUGGAUGUUCCUAAUCUCUAUGCUCAUUUAUCCACAAGAGGAUAUCAAUACGGCCCAAACUUUAGAGUAGCAACUUCAGUUAAAACCACAAAUUCAGAUAUAACUGGCCGAGUUACUCCAGCUAAUAAUGAACAAAACGAUAUACAAUACUAUUUACAUCCACUUAUUAUUGACGGUUGUUUUCAUACAUUCUUGUCUAUUGUACCAGGAAUCGAAACAUUCGUUCCAGUUGCCAUUAACAAGAUGAUUGUUUAUGGAAAUACUUGUCAUUUGUCUCAAUUAAUGACGUAUGGAUCCUAUCAUUCAUUUCUUGCCGGUCUUUCGCAAGAGCGAGCUUAUACUUUGGAUCUUGCUAUAUUUAACAGUAAUGAUGAAAUGAUAGAAUCCAAUACAAAACCACUCGUCGUAUUUGAAAUGUUCAAAAUGCAACGCAUUCCUGGUCGUUGGACACUAUCGGAUAAGACCAUUUUCCAAAAGAUAAAUGAAAUUGUUCAUCUGCCAAAUGGAGAUUAUGAUAAUCAUGUACAGACAGUUUUAUCUGAAUUUUGUCUACAAAAGAAAUGGUCAAGUCUGUUUAAUCAUCUGACUAGGACAGUUGAUCUUUUACCAUCGUCCAACACCUUGAUGGAUGAGACCGAAAGACAAGAGAUCGACAUGAUGAAUAAUGACAAUGAUAAUAUCAAUAAUCAACUAGCAGAUUCAAUUGAGCCAUUGAAUGCAUUAGCUGGAAUGUAUGCUCUUCAAGCAUUACAACAUCUUGCUUCAUUAGAGAAUAUUCAACUGAUCGUUAAAGACAAAUUAUGUCGUCUUGUGCGAGAGGAUGAACCUCAUUUUAUCCAAUUAUUUGAAGCUGCUUUUUCACUUGUUCAUCAACAUGGACUAAUUGAUGAAUGUGGCAAUACCACUAUGCCAGUGACAAAUUAUUCGAUUCAGCUAAUUCAGCAAAAUCUUUUAAAUCGAUUUCCUCGUCUCAAAUCAUUCGUUACCCUAAUGAACGCAGUCGGAUCUAAACUUGGUCAAAUACUCUUUGGUGGACGGGCUCAUGAAGAGUUAUUUACACAAAACAAGAAAACUGAGUUAGCUCUAGAAGAUGUGCAGAAUAUUAUUUCAUUUUUAAAAACACAAUGUGUUUUUCAAGCACUCAUCAAUCAUAUGCAGAACACUCAUCCGAAUACGUUACGUAUUCUAUUAUUUGGAGUCGACGAAUCUCAUGAUAUUAUCUUUGUGGCCAGUGUACUUCAAACAAUAAGUGAUAUUGAUCACUCGCUUGAGUCUCUUCGUCGUCUUCUUGUGCCAGGCGGUCUUCUUCUCGUCGUAGAAUUAACAUUAACUCAUUCCUACUUCGAUCUUAUAUUUGGCUUAUUUCCUUAUUGGUGGCGUGAUAGUAACAGUCGUGCUAUAUUGACUAUUGAUCAAUGGAGACAAGCAUUUCAGUCAAUAGGUGGAUUUGAACCGAUGGUAGUAUCAGCAAAGGCGAAUGCAUUUGGAGAUUCACUCAUGAUUGUGCGUAAAUCAACAGCAAGAUCCAUUCUCAUUCACCUUUCCGAAUGGCAGGAUCAAGCCUGGCUCUUAUUUGCUGAUCGUACACACAAUCUAUCACAUGCACUUGUACCUCAUUUACCAAGUUCUAACAUUGAAAUUCUACCAGAUACUGUUACUACCAAUCAUAUUUCUUCAACGAUUGAUAUCAUGUUGAAACAAUAUAAACAAUUGCAUAUCAUAUUUGCUUGGCCACUCGAUGUAUUGCAACCUGGUCAGAAUAACAAUGAAACAACAUUUGGAUCGCAUAUAGAACAUUUAUGUUACAAACUUAUUUACAUUCUGCAAUCUAUUCAAAAAUAUUAUCGACAGAAUAACUCAUUCCCAUACGUUUUUAUUCUUACACAAAACUCUCAGCCAAUGGAAGGAAAGAAUGAAUUCACUCCUACAAUAGCACCACUCAUUGGACUUGCCCGUAGUUUAAGUGUCGAAUGUCCACGUCAUCACAUUAAACUCAUUGACUUACAACCAACAGCAGAUAUAUUUACAGAGUCAUCUUAUUCCGACAUUCUCAUACAGCAUAUGAUGAACUCACGAGAAGUCGAUAAUCUUGAUGAAGCUGUUCUUUCUCUAGAAGCAGACAGUCGUAUUCAAUGCUUUCAGUGGCAUUAUGAUCGGUUACAAUCAAAAGAACAGCAGGAAUUAUCAUCGAAAAUGGAAAGAACAAUCGUACCUAAAAACGACGCUGACAAGAAUCCAUUUCGGCUUCAAGUUGCACCAUCGCGUUUUGUAGCUGAUCUUGCUUGGACAAGAGAUCUAAUACCAAUCAACAAUCUAUUACCUGGUCAAAUCCAAGUCCGCAUUCACUGCACUAGUCUCAAUUUCAGAGAUGUCUUGAAAAUACGUGGUCUGUACCCUCAUACACGAGUGUUUGGUCAACGAGAUUGUGAUCAACCUUUGGUUGAUCGUGAUACUACUCCUGGAACUGAUUUUAUGGGUACUGUUAUUCUUUCUCAUUCUAAGGAUCUGAAGAUUGGAGAUCGUGUCAUUGGCCUUUGGUCGUCAGGUACCUUCCAUUCCCAUAUUAUUCUUGAUACUUCAGUUGUCUCACGUGUGCCCGACGAAUGUUUAUUGUCGGAUGAACAAUUGGCUGCACUGCCUACUGCAUUUUUAACAGCAGUGCUCUCCUUAAAACAUCGUAUUAAACUUAAGCAUGGUCAGACCGUUCUCAUUCACGCUGCGACGGGUGCCACUGGUCAAGCUUGUAUUCAGUAUUGCCAAGCAGUUGGUGCUCGGGUUAUUGCCACUGCAGGUAGUGAUGCUAAGCGAUGUUUUCUACGAAAGCACUAUGGGAUUGAACACGUAUUCAAUAGUCGUGAUUUGUCGUUUGUCACCGAGAUACGUUCUCGUUUUCCAAAUGGUGUUAAUGUCAUUGUUAAUUCUCUUUCGGGUCCACUUCUUCAAGAAUCAUUCAAACUACUUGCUCCCCAUGGUCAUUUUAUUGAACUCGGCAAGCGGGACGUGUACGCGAGAACAAGUCUGCCGAUUUUUAAUUUGCGACAAGAUUGUAAUUUUCAUGUCAUUGAUCUAGCAUUACACGCCAUUGAUGAACCGCACACCAUUCAUGAAAUGAUUGACGAUGUUUUGGGCCAUUUUCAAAGAGGCCUAUUCAAACCAUUCGAACCUCUGACUAUUUUUGAGCCGUCUGAAAUAAUUGAUGCAUUUACACAGUGCAGUCUUGGCCUAUCUAUGGGGAAAAUGGUCGUUCGUAUGACGAAUUCUGAACAACCCAUUUUACUUAAAGAAAGUGAUGUGAACACGAAGAUCAGUGAAAACUCAAGUGAAGAAUCUAUGUUUCCGUCUGUAGUAUGUGAGAGAGGAACGAUUCUUGUUUCGGGUGGAUUGGGUGGACUGGGACUUACUAUGUCUCGUUGGAUGGUGGAAAAGCGAGGUGUCAAGCACAUUGUUUUAAUGAGUCGUCGUACAAUUGAACAGUUUGAAAAAGUCGAAAAUAAUCCGCAAUUAGAAGAUUGGUUGCAACUCAAAGAAACAGCAGCUAAAUAUAAUACCUCAAUUGAUGUCGUUCAAGCAGAUGUUACUCAUUUUGACGAUGUUUAUGAACUGAUUAAACGUCUUAAUCAAACAUCACAUCCAGUGCGUGGCAUUAUACAUAGUGCCGUCAUAUCCGAUGAUAAAUUGUUGACCAAUCUUAGCCAAGAGACACUCUUUCGUGUUAUGGAACCUAAAGUGCGCGGUGGUUGGAAUCUUCAUCAAGCGUCACAACAAAUCGGUGCAUCCUUGCAUUUCUUUGUCAUGUUCUCAUCAAUUCGCAAUCAUUUGAUUGAUCCUGGAUCAAGUAGUUACAAUGCAGGAAAUGAAUUUUUCGAGGCUCUAGCACAUUAUCGUCGUGAGCAACUGAAACUACCAGCUUUAUCGAUUGCUUUGCCAGCAGUGCAAGGAGCAGGCAUGUUCCAUCGACAACAAGCCAUCUUGAAUAAUUUACUUAUUGCUCAAGGGAUAGAAAUGUUGCCUACAGUACCUACCUUCGAAUUAGUCGAACGACUCUUUAUCAUGCAAACAAACUACUCAUCACCUGUCAUUUUUGCUGUCGACUGGAAACGACUCCAUGCUAAUAAAGCUAACUUGGCUAAUCGUCAGUUGGUACAAUUUAUUGAGCAGCAGGCUACUCAACAAGGUAUUUCUAAUGUACGAACAAAUGAUUCGGGUUCAUCAUCAAUAGCCAGAAUCGAAGUCAUUAUUGAACGAAUUCGAGAAACAGUCAUGCGUCUUCUAGGAGCGUCCAGCAUUGAUCGAAUAGAUAUAGAUCGCUCGUUGCUCUCGCUUGGUCUGGAUUCACUUGCAGCCGUUUCACUCUACAAUUGGCUCAGUCAAGAAUGGGGUGCUUUUAUUUCGCUAGCGGAAAUUUUUCAAGGUGUAAAAAUUUCAGAGAUAGCUAAUCGAGUGCAAAAAAAAAUGAUAGAACGACAAACAGCAUCAAGAGAAAUAGAAACUACGUUAUCAAAUGACAUGGAACAGAUGGAUGGAAGUGAAGACAACUUAACACUUUCUACAACCAAAAAUGCUGCAUCAUACAACGGCAUGGAAGGAGUUCUUAGAGUUUCUCUAGUAAAGGAUAUUUUGAUCAGAAUUAGAAUGUCUGAAUUAAAAGAUCAACAAAUUGAAUAUUUUCAAACAUUAACUAACUGGAAAGAUCGACAAAAAGUGAUUAAUUUUUUGCGCAUGUAUGAAUGGGAUGUCUCUUUUGCUGCUGAAGCAUUUUUGACAAAUCCUGAGGAAAUUAAUAAUAAUCAAUCAUGUAAACCGAUUUUAUUUCGAACAAAUUCAAAAGAAGUUGGAUCUCGAUAUAAAACAGUGAAUGAAAAUUGGACAGCACAAAAAAGAUUUUUUGAAAAUCAUCAACAACAACAACAACAACAACAAACAUCAAAACAUUCAUUGGUUAAAUCAUCACCUCAUUCACUUAACCCAUUAAAUCAUCUACAAACAGCAAAUAAUUUCAAUGAAAUUAUCACUACAUCAAAUAUAGAAUCUCCUGAUGAACGUGUAGAUCAAUUAUUUAAAUUAAAUGGAAGUAAAAGAACUCCAAUGUUUCCUGAUAUCAAUCAAUUAAAACAUAACAAACAACAACUUCUUCAAUAUAUUGAUUCAAAUAUUAUUGGUAAAAAUCUUCGAGCUAAUACUAUAUGGGGAUCUCGAAAUGUUAUUUAUGCUGAUUAUACAGCAUCUGGACGUGGUCUAAUAUUUAUUGAAUAUUGUAUGAUAAACAAUGUUUUACCUUAUUAUGCUAAUACACAUAGUGAAAAUAAUGUAUGUGCAUUACAAACUACAAAAUAUCGUGAAGGAUCACGAAAUUUAAUUAAACGAUAUGUUAAUGCAACUGAUGAAGAUGUUGUUAUUUUUACUGGAUCAGGAUCAACUGCUGCUAUUAAUAAACUUGUUGAUGUUUUAAAUUUGAAAGAUGAAAAAGUUCGAAAGAGAACUGUUAUUUUUAUUAGUACAUUUGAACAUCAUUCAAAUAUUUUACCAUGGAAAGAAACAGGAGUUGAAAUUAAACGUAUUCCUAAUACAAAACAAGGUCUUAUUAAUCGAGAUUAUUUAAGACAACAAUUAAAAUAUUAUUAUGAUGAAGUUAGAAAACAUAUUAUUUGUACAUUUAAUGCUGCUAGUAAUGUAACUGGUAUUACAACUGAUGUUGAUGAUAUUUCAAAACUUGUUCAUGAAUAUGAUGGUUGGAUUUUUUGGGAUUAUGCAGCAGCAGCACCUUAUGUUAAAAUUGAUAUGAAUCCAUCAAAAAUUGCUUGUAAAGAAGCUGUUUUUAUUUCUACACAUAAAUUUGUUGGUGGACCAUCAACACCAGGUAUUUUAAUAGCUAAGAAAAAACUUUUUAAUAAUCGAGUUCCAUCUUCUGUGGGUGGUGGUACAGUAACAUUUGUAACUUCAACAUAUAUUGAAUAUGUAAAAGAUAUUGAAACACGUGAAGAAGGUGGUACACCAAAUAUUCUUGGUUCAAUUCGAGCUGGUUUAGUUUUUCAUUUAAAAGAAAUUGUUGGUUAUCAUACAAUUGAAACACGUGAAAAUGCAUUAGUUGAAAAAUUCUUUAGACGAUUUCGAAAUCAUCCAAAAUUAAUUAUACUUGGAUCAACAACUUUUCCUCGAUUAGGAAUAUUUUCAUUUCUUCUUUAUGUACCAUUUUUUCAUAAAUAUUUACAUCAUAAUUUUGUUUGUAUUUUAUUAAAUGAUUUAUUUGGUAUUCAAGUACGAUCAGGAUGUUCUUGUGCUGGACCUUAUGUUAUAGAUUUGCUUGAACUUGAUGAUAGAACAACAGAAGUUUUUAUACAAUUUGUUACAGCAGAUGAUAGUGGUCGAUUUAAAAAUGUUCCUAAAAAUGCAUUAAUGAAACCUGGUUUUACUCGAUUUAAUUUAUCAUAUUUUGCAAGUGAUGAAGAAGUUGAUUAUAUUUUAAAUGCAGUCGAUUUUAUUGCCAAUGAAGGAUGGAAAUUUUUAGCAUUGUAUACUUUUGAUACAGAUACAGCUGUUUGGCAUCCUCGUACUAUGCCAUCAGAAAAUCAUUUUUCUCAAUUUCAUAGUCUUGAAAUGGCUAAUAAAGAUCGUAGAAUGAAAGAAAAAUUUGAAAAAUAUCCAGUCGAACAUUGGAAUUCAAAUUUUGAUCGUUCAAAUAUAAAUUCAUCUUCAGAUAAUCCAAUCGAAGAAGCUAUAUUAAUGGCAAAUAAUAUACCAAAAUAUGUUUAUGAAAAUAUUGAUUUUCGAACUGAUCCACCAUUAAACAUUCCAGAUGAAUAUAAAGAUUAUAUUUGGUUCAUUACACCUAAAGAUGUUAUUCGAAAAAUAAUUAUUGAUUUUGAACAAAAUGAUAAAUCUACUAGAACAGCAUUAUUUCAUACAAAAAUGAAAAAGUAA